AUGCCUCUUUGGCAAAUAUAUCACCCUCACGGCACGUUCGAGGACCAUGCGUCCAAGCAAGCCUUCGCAGACGACAUCACGAAGAUGUACGUGACAUUGGGCCUACCGGCGUUUUACGUGGUGACACAAUUCCAUAAGAUGGAACAUAAUGACGUCUUCGUUGGCGGAAAAAUGAGAAUUGCUACCGAUACACCAUUUGUUCGCGUCGUGAUCAACCACGUUGCGCUCCACGUUCCUGAUGCCGAUGCCGCCUACCUUCGCACUACCUCUCGUCUGGAUGAGAUUGUGAAGCCCCAUCUUCUGGAUAAGGGUUACGACUUUGAGUACCAUGUUGGCGAAACGGAGAGACGGCUUUGGAAGAUUAAUAGCCUGAUUCCUCCGCCUUUUAAGAGUCCCGAGGAGCAGGUUUGGGUUGAGGAGAAUAAGGCGUCGCCUUAUGAGGGUGGUUAUCCACCCAAAUGA